UUCUUAUGGUUUUACCCAUUUGGCUUUAGUUUGUGAUGUAACGACGUGGGUUACCGCUAAUUUACUGUUAUAAAGUGCUUCGUAGUUUUCUUUUGGUUUAUUCCUGCUAAGUGCCACUGAGAUCUCCAGCCUGGUUCCUGGUUGUGGGAUCUGUUAUCCUGCGAAGGGAUAUCAUUGCUGAGACGUAUGAGCGCUCCACUGACGAAUGUAGAAUGGACAGUGACGAUAUAACAAAGUUGUGGUAUAUUUGGUUUAUUUUAAUAAUAAUGGGCACCCUGCUGAUGUGCGGAAUCAUCGCCGGCUGUGUGAAGAUGUGCUGCAAGUCCAGCAAGCCGCCGGUGCCCACAUGCCCCGGGCAGCGUUUCCAGGUGGCGGUGAUCGAUGUGGAAAACAGAAGCGCCUUGAGCAGCAUAAGCACCAUGUCCUCUUUCUCCCACCGUCUUCCUGGUGAACCUUCACCCCAAAUCUUCACUGCAGGGCUGAGAAGCCCCUUGUCACCUCCGCCGUACAGUCUCUAUGCCCUGGAGAGCCCUCCGCAAUACGACGAAGCACUGAAAAUGCCCGCUGACAAGACUGUGGUUGUGCCCAGGGCCCUGGAGGACCCUCACGUGGUCCCAGAAGUCGCUGGGGUCCAGGAGUCAGUGGACACAGCCGACGGACAGCGGCCUGCUCAGGACAACCCACCAGAAUCAGAAACUCAGAAUGCUACAUCGUACGAAGACGAGGAACCCCCAGAAUAUCGCCUGUAUGACCCCAUGGCGGAGGAGAACUUCACUGAAAUAAGCCUGACGGAGCCCUGAUCUCCACGCCCAGGAAAUGCUUUCACCCUGGGCCGUUUGCUGCAGUGCUGCUAUCUGCUGUUUCAGUCACUCAGCAGACUGGUUUUUAACCCUCCCAUACUGCUGGAUAUUCAGAAGAAAAUAGCAGACAAAUCAGGGUACAAAACAGGGGAUCCUUUCUGGGGUUUAACCCAGUCACCUUCUGGUUGGUUCAGUUCCUUCACUAUACUUGCUGCUUUCUUCCUGUGGUGAUGAAGUCUGCCACUGUCUGGAAGGGUGUGACGAUCCUGAAGUUCACAGUGGGAAGAGAACCUUUUUUACUCCAUGAUUUGAAGAGAAGUCCAGACACCAGCCAGUGGCUGCAUAUUGUGAGGCCACACUGCCCCUCUUUAACCUUGAAGUGUUCUGCCAGCAACUGGUUGUUCUUGCUCAGCUGCAGCUGUUUCUUGCCGCCGUUUACAGUUAUGGUUGCCUGGAGGUCACAUGACCGGAGUUGUUGCUUGGAUAAGGGGUGAAAACAGAGGACCGGCCUCAUUGUCCUGGGUCUGUAACUUCCUCGUCUGACUUGUAAGAAGCAAUGAGAAAUAAGCACUUUAACAUUUACGGCUUUCUUCUCUUGCAAGUCGGACAAAGCAAUGGGACUUUAUUUAAGGACUCUGUUCUCUGAGUGCUAACAUUUUCAGGGAUUAAGCUAAUGUGACAAAGGACUGCUGGCUGUUCAACUUUUAACUCUUGGAAAUACGAACUUGUUUCUUAUUUAAGACUUGCUGCAGAUAUCAUUAAAGCACUACUUACUGAAA